GGAUACGACGGCCCCAGGGAGUUAGGGGCAGACCCCCUUCAUUCGCGGUGAAUCCCGGGUAUGUGUGUGACCACAUGCCGCGCUGGAAUCACCCUACUCAUGCUCUGAGACCCUUUUCCACGCUCCUUCAUAGAGGAGUCCCUGCGAAUGUAAUUCACCUGCCGGUGCCUCCAGCAGAAGGAGGCUAAUCCCAUUGUGCGGUUUAGCGGCCCCCCCGCCCGCAGGUGAGGCGGCAGGAGCGGUGGGCGCCGCGGACCGAGCCCUGCCCUGCCCUGCCCGGCCGGCCCCCGCCUGCCCAGCAUGUCCGUAACAGAUCAAGCCUUUGUGACCCUUGCUACUGAUGAUGUGUACUGUCAAGGUGCUCUCGUUCUUGGACAGUCAUUGAGGAAUCAUAGGACAUCCAGAAAAUUGGCAGUUCUAAUUACUCCAGAGGUUUCCAGUGGGAUGAGGUCAGUCCUCAGCAGUGUAUUUGAUGAGGUGAUCGAGGUGGGUGUGCUUGACAGCGCUGACUCAGUCCAUUUGGCUCUGAUGCAGAGGCCAGAACUGGGUGUAACCUUCACUAAGCUUCAUUGUUGGACUCUUACUCAUUACAGCAAAUGUGUCUUCAUGGAUGCAGACACUUUGGUACUUUGCAAUGUUGAUGAGUUGUUUGAUCGAGAAGAGUUUUCUGCAGCUCCUGAUUCUGGCUGGCCUGACUGCUUCAAUAGUGGUGUGUUUGUGUUCCAGCCCUCCCUGAAGACUUACAACCUGCUGCUCCAGUUUGCUGCUGAGCACGGCAGCUUUGAUGGAGGUGAUCAAGGCUUGUUGAACAGCUUCUUCAGCAACUGGGCAACAGGAGAUAUUGGCAAACACUUGCCUUUCCUCUAUAACCUGAGCAGCAGCUCUGUAUACACCUAUGUUCCUGCUUUCAAUCAUUUUGGUAGAGAUGCCAAAGUUGUUCACUUCUUGGGAGCAACAAAGCCCUGGAAUUACAAAUACAACCUUCAAACAAAGAGAGUUAUGCAGGAUGGCACCACAUCUGGAUCUUCUCAUCAGCUGUCAUUUCUUGCCCUCUGGUGGAAUAUAUACAGUGCCAGUAUAUUGCCUUUGUUGGAAAAACUUCAAAAGAUGGAAGAAUCAGAAUCUGAGGAAUGCAAGCACUCUUUCAAUGGAGUGGAAGUUACCCUGAAGAAGGUCAGUCCUUACGUGGACAGUUCUCUACAAAAGCCUGAGCUCCCAGAGCAGACAAGUGAAGUAAAUCCCACAGCCUGCUCACCCGAGGAACUCGCCUUCAAAGCUCAAACUGUCCAUGAAGUCAAACCAAGAGAUUCUAACGUCCAUCCCUCUGAGCCUGACAGCCCUUCAGAACAACCUGCAUUGCAACCUGCACUUCAGGAAACCUCAGAAAUGAAUGAGGUUGCACAUUUUGCUUCAGAGCUGUCUAUUCACUUCAAACCAGCAAAACCAACUCCAGAAGAUGAACGGAGGAAAUGGGAGGAAGGGCGCAUGGACUAUAUGGGGAAAGAUGCUUUUGAACAUAUCAAAAAGAAGUUGGAUGCAUUUUUACACUAAGACAGGGUGUACUGUUAUGCCCAUCAUGAUAGAUUUCUUUAUAAAUGCAAUUCUUGAAUACUUGGCUGUCUUAACCAGUUUAGGUGACACCAGUUAGAGGUGAUUAUGGAUCCUCAUACAUUUUUGGGGGACCUUAACAGAUGCAGAAUCUUGGUUUUUAACUGAUAAAUGUGCCUCGACUUCAUUUUUCCAUGUGUGUCAUCUUCAUUGUUCUUACACAGUGCCUUCUAAAGAAUAAUGAACGGUACCUUCUGAGUAUAAACUCUCAUGUAUUUAUCACUCUUCCCUGAUGCACCCCAUCUGCAGAAACAUUCAUGUGUAGGAAACAUGUUGGAAGUUGAGACUGUUUUGGAAAUUGAAUUUCUCCCAAACUGAGAUUAUUCCCAAAGUACAUUCAGAAGUUGCUAUAAAGUAUUUAAAUAAAAAGAACUUAUUCUUGAAACCAAAUUAACACCUUCAAGGGUAACCAUGAUGUAGAUUUCAAUAUGAGAAAGAAGUGAUGAAAUCCUGACCUCAUCGGAAUCUGCGACAAAACUUUUUAAUUUAAACACAUUUAGGAUCAGAGGAACUUCAGACUUCAUCUGAGAUCACUAGUGGAUGCUCUACCCAGUUAUAGGCAGCUGCUCAGGUCCAUAACUAGUGUGAGGAAGCAUGGUUUAAAACUCUUUAGACAGAUUGAUAAUGUAUGUUAACCUUUUAUAGUGUUGCCAUAGGAUACUGAUGCUUUUUAAAAUAUUGUAAGCUUUAGUUGCAUAUUCUGAAUUGUGUGGUCAGAAGAAGAAACACUGACUGUGUUCUGUAAACCUGGUGCUUUUUAUAAAUUUGUUUACAGUACUUCAAACUGCAGCUGAUAAAGGCUGUCUUUGGCUUAGCAUUGUUGCCCCUUACUGCAGGCAAUUUGAGUGCAACUGAAAACAAAAUUGGCACUCAUUUUAGUAAACAGGCCCUUUGAAGAUCUUUUAACAAUAGCUGUGUGUGGGAACUAAUAAAUCUCUGAAUUCAAAAUUCCAGAAAAAAAAUCUACUGAUGAGACUGCAUUAUAUUAAGGACACUUACGGGAGAGUGUUUUGUGCAUUUGUGUACUUAAGUUUGACUUAUCUCAGUCAGUUUACUUUAACAAAGAAGUAAAAUACUUUUUUUAAAAAAGAAAAAAAAACUUUAAAAGAGUCUUGACAUUUAUGCUAGUAUAGAUUUGACAGUUGUUUGUGACCUCGUUCAAUAUUGGAAUAAGAGUUCUGCAGUGAUGUUGCAGGACUUGAGAAGUUUUGAUCUAAAUACAUCACAAAUUUUGGCAGAGAGAUACCUAAUGAAAUUUCUUGGGAGUUCUUUCUAAAAGCAAUGAUGUACCAUUAUGCAUAGAUGCUAGCAGGAAAAACAGAUAGCAGGAUAGGAAGGACAAAGAAAAUUUUAUUUCUUUUUCCUCCCAUCAAAAACGAUGAGAGAGUAGGGCAAGGAACAAAUGCACAAAUCAGGAAAGGAAUGAAAGAGUCAAAAGGUCCCUUAAAAGAAGAAAAAAAUCUUUGAGUAUCUUAGAAUUACUUCCUAAUAUUCACAUUAGUGAAUUUCCUUUCACUUUUUAUGAUAUUUCUGAUUUUAUCUAGUUCUCAUUUAUCCUUAAACUCUUAAAUGGGGAAUCCCACUGGUGUGUCUGUUGAACACAAGCUUCUAGGUCCAGUUAGGUGUUUAGGGGCAGCAGAGAAAUUGAGAACAGGUCUCCCUCUGCCUGACCCUGGCACCCUGUCUAUCCUGUGUUCCUGGGGAGGUGACCCUUACACUUUAACACAGGUAGGUGUGUUCUACCUCUUGGUGCUGUGGCCCAGUGCAGCAGCUGCAGUGUGCCCUUACUCUCGUGGCAUUUGGUUAUCCCUGUUUCUUAGUCAUCCUUAUGCACUUCUGAGAAAGUCCUCUGUUUUAUGAGCAUUGCUGCUAAUAUACUCCUAACAGCUUUUGAAGACUAGGUAAAGCUGUGGCCAGCAAUGUGAACUCAUGCUUCAUGCAGCUGUACAUUUUAUGUUAACUACUAGAUCUUACUUGGUACAUUGAUUAGAUCCUGGAAGAAAAAUUACUGAUGUGAAAUUAGUAACUUAAAGGUUUUAAAAAUAGCAUAUGAAUUUACUCAAAUGUGUCAUUGAGUACAUUUCAAACUGUUAAUAUGUACAAUGGUACUCUGUGUGGCUUAUACAGUGUUUUGCAAAGAAUUGUAGUACAAUAAUGUAAUGGAAAUAAAGAAAUGGAGAAGACAUAUGAAGUCAUGUCCUUAACAAACAAUGAAGAGCUACAGGUUGUUCACAUGAUGCCAGGGAAUAUUACUUGUGAAUAACUAUUUACUUUAAUUUAUUUUUUAAUUUUAUUGAAUUGCUUUCGAGACAUUAGCAUUAUCUGCUGAGCAGAAUUAGAAGUUGAGAGUAAUAAUUAUUUCUACAGACAUACAUAAUUAUAAUGUUUAGAAUCUCUUGUAUUACCAAACAGUAGUUGGUUUAUUGUAUUUCAUGGAAAAGUAUAGCUGUUAAGAGCCCUGCCCUAAUUUUUUUGUCCUGUCUUCACACAUGAAAAAUUUAACUAGUUACUGGUAAUGUAGUGUUGCAGUGGCUUCUAGCACACAACUCUUGCCACCAGGGUGUGAAAAGUGAGAAUUUUGUAUGUGAAUCCAGUGCUGUGCUUCAAGGAGCAUUCUGGGCUUUUAUGACCAUCAGUUCUGAGCUCCUGGGUCUGAGGGGUGUUAUGGGCUGCAUGAGCCCAUGAACCACAGUGCUGAGCUUUGCUAAGUCAAAAUGUGUCUUUAGAAAUAAAAACCUACCAAGCUUCACCUGGAAUUUUUUUCCCACAUUAAAGUGUGGUAUAGCCUCGAGUAUUUUUAGGGUAAAGAAAGUUAAGAUGUGUAGAUUUUUUGGUGGCACUAUUCAUCUUUGAACAAGGCUAGACUAUGACUUAGAGUUGUGGGGUAGACUUUGUGUUUAGAGAGGACAACUUGUGUUUAAAACAAAACAUGCUAAUUUUUCUGUCAUGUGCCUGUAGGUAUUCACAGCUUUUAUUUGCCAUACAACAAUUCUAUUGGGUGCUCUUCAUGUAUAAGGAGAUAGUGUGGGUGUGCCACAAGGAAAAUUCUUGAAAAUUUUAGACAUGUGUGUUAAUGAACUUUGCUAGCCUACAGGAAAAGGAGAUUGGUGUUCUUGAAAUAUCAUUUUAUUUACUGUCUAGCGUUUUGUGAGGACAUUUCCAUCUGGGUUGUUCUUGGGAAAUAAGUUUUCUUUGUCCCUCUAUAUCAGUCAGCUCACAGAAAUGUUUUUUUUUAAAGCUGGUACUCAAAAAAUUGCUUUGUUUUGUUUGGUUUUGUUCACCUUGAUUUUUCUAUCCAUGAAUGGGAGGCUGGGUUAGUAACAGGUGCUUGGGACUUUUGUGUGCUCCCAUAAACAGCUUGGUUCUCACCAGUAAGUCUGCAGUAUGUCUAUUUAUUUCUUAAUGGAUCUGAUUCUUUGCUUUCCUAAUCUAAACUGUUUUGAUUCCUAUGACUUUGAACAUAACAUUAAAUGGACAUGUUUUCUUAAUUCAUAUCUCAUUAAUUCAAAUCUCACAUUCCAGUUCCCCCCAGUUUUCUUUUUAUUGUUUUGAGAUUU